GAAACACCACCCAUAAAAAAUCUCGCGCGCUGGCCACGUGCUUUUCUGUUCUCGCCCCCUUCCUCAAAUCCCUCAUCGCCCUCCCCUCCCCCUCUCGGCUCUCGUUCGUUCCAACCAGCAGCAGCAGCAGCACAGACGCAAUCAAUCGCCUAACCAAAUCGCUCCCGUUAAUUCCUUCUAAAUCACAUCUCCCGCAGAUAAGCUCCUCCCAUUACCCUCCCACUCGGAUUCCUGCUCGCUUUCUCCGUCUCGGCCUUCCUCCUUUCCUCCGCCUCGGGUUCGAUCGCCUCCCUCUUAUCCCCCUGCUCCUGCCUUUUAGUUCCCCCCUGUCCGGCUAGGACUCGCAGUUCUUGCGCUUUGCGUUGCGUCGAGGAGAGCGAGGAGGGCUCGUGCUUUUCGUUUAGGAUUGUGCGGCACCCCGGCAUGUGCGUGGAGGGACUGGAGGACGCAGGAGGAAGGCUCGGUUUCAGAGACCAGGAGAUCGACAGACCGGAGGAUUUCGCGAUGGAGAGAAUCUGUGAGAACACAGUAUCUGUUGAUUUCAAGCAUACUAAGUUGAGCAACUUUGUCCCAUGUAUCCGAUCAGGGGAUUGGUCUGAUAUUGGAGGUCGUGAUUACAUGGAAGAUACCCAUGUGUGCAUCUCUGAUCUGGCAAAGAAUUUUGGCAAUAACUCUGUGGAUGAUGAAGUAAUUUCUUUCUAUGGGGUCUUUGAUGGACAUGGUGGUAAAGAUGCCGCCCAUUAUGUUCGUGAUAACUUGCCACGAGUCAUCGUUGAAGAUGCUGAUUUUCCUCUUGAGCUUGAGAAGGUAGUCAAGAGGUCAUUUGUGCAAACUGAUAGUAAGUUUGCAGAGACAUGCUCUCAUCACAAGGCACUUUCUUCCGGAACUACUGCCCUUACGGCAAUGAUUUUUGGAAGGUCCCUUCUGGUCGCUAAUGCUGGUGACUGCCGAGCCGUCCUUUCGCGGCGUGGCACCGCCAUUGAAAUGUCCAAGGACCACAGGACUUGCUGCAUCAAUGAAAGGAAGCGUGUAGAAUCACUUGGUGGCUAUGUCGAUGAUGGUUAUUUGAAUGGCCAGUUGGCAGUCACUAGAGCACUUGGUGACUGGCAUCUCGAGGGCAUGAAAGAGAUGGGCAAGCCAGGAGGUCCCUUGAGCGCUGAACCAGAACUUAAGAUGAUCACGUUGACCAAGGAUGAUGAGUUCUUGAUAAUAGGCAGUGAUGGCAUCUGGGACUUCUUCUCAAACCAAAAUGUUGUGGACUUUGCACGAAGGAAGCUCCAAGACCACAAUGACUUGAGAUUGUGUUGCCGGGAGAUCGUCGACGAGGCAAUAAGGCGAGGUGCCACAGAUAACCUAACAGCGGUGAUGGUCUCUUUCCACCAGGAGGCCCCUCCCCAGAUCAGAGUGAACAGAACAGGUAGGGUUGCACGGAGCAUAUCAGCUGAAGGGCUUCACAACCUAAGACUGCUCCUGGAAGGCCAGUGACAGCGCUAUUGUUGCCAGCCUUGAUGUUGUGCUACAUUGCUGAGUGUUAACUGUAAGUAGAGAUUUCGGUAUCUUGCUGCUGUUUAUCAAUUGUCGACAUGCCGGUGACUAUUCUUGUCUGAGAAUAAACCAACGAACAUAAGAUCUCACUAGCCAAUUGUGAGGCGUCCCUUGUAAAUAAUUAAGCUGGAGCUAGGUAAGGACGAGUUAGCAAUGUGCAUCCAGGGGUCUUUGUGGCUCAUUACGCGAUGUUUUCCCUUGAUUUUUUUGUAAAUAAACUAUGAUGGGAGUCAGUGCAAUCGAACUAAUGUUCUAUCA